AUGCCGAAUAUGAUACAGCCAGCACUACCCGAUCUGGCAGCGAUACCAUUUAAACGAACCAAACCGUCGCCCGCCACCAAGGUCGACUCAACGCCACAGCCGACGAUCACAAACAACACUGCUUUCGCAUGUCCUGACGGUACUGCAGCCUCUGCGCCAAACUCAUACUCAAUCAGUACGAGCACCUCCAAUCCACAACCGGGUCUCAGAUCGACGCGUCCAGAACAAAGAGCCACCGCUUCUUAUCCAUCUUCCAGCGCUGAGAAGGCCAACGGCUCAACCCACACUACAAACUUACCGGGGAGUGUCUUCAACGAGAACAUGCAAUCCGCUGGCUUUACCAUUGUUCGACGACGAUCAACAAAGUCAGCAGCACAACCUACCCCAAACCAACAGGAGAAGCAGAAGCAGAAGCAGGCACCUGAACAAACCACCGGCUCCAGGUACAACCUUCUUGCAAUUGAAGAGCCCGAAGCAGACAACGAUCUCGUUUCCGAGGCGACAGGGACAGACACUUCACCUCUAGCUAUAGCUGUACCCAAGAAUACAACCGCGACCAACAAGAAGAAGAGCCGGAAGCCGAAGAAGAACGAGAAGGGCCGCGCCGACACUAAGCCUGCAGAGCAUCUAUGUGUCAGUGUCGCGUCAGACCGACCCGGCGAAGGAUCUGGGACUUCUGUGCCUCAACAAGAACAGGAUGCUGCGGACAAAGACGAGGGUGAAGACAAAGAAGGAGAAGGGGAAAAGACGAACGGUGGAAGAGGCUUUCUCAACAUCAUGUCCCGGCCGGAGUACCUGUUCCUGAUCGUCUGGGUUGUACUUGCGGAGAUGGCCAGGAGGAUCUUCGACGUCAAGACUGGGCAAGAGCAAGACUGA